CUGAGGGAUGACGUCGCAGUUGGAGCCUAUGGAAAAAACACUUUAUUCGCCCCAAUGAACUCUUCCGGUAAAAAAAAUAAAAAAUCACUCUCUCCCGAUUGGUCGAAUUUAAAAAUAAGACCGCGACAGUKUGGGUUGAAGAAAGAUUUUUGAUGCGAUCAAUAUUUUGGGAAUCAGUUCUGUCACGAUGAUGGAAUCGUGUUUUUACAACAAAUUGGAAAACGUGGAGCUGGAAGUUAACUUCGACGACUUGAAGAAAGACCUAUUUUCUGAGUUUAAUUCCAUAGAGUCCCAGGAGUCUUGCCUGGAAGAGCAUGAACACUUGCAGGUGUACCUUCGCAUUCGACCAUUCACAUCAACUGAGAGUGAAAAUGGCGAAUCACAGGACUGCGUUUCCAUCGAGCUCCCGGACACGGUCCUCCUUAAGGCUCCAAGGACUUCGCUCUCAGCACGGCUCCGUGACAAAUCGGCUCAACGGUUUCAAUUCUCACAGGUGUUAGGGCCAGAAACCACUCAGAGGGAGAUGUUUGAUGGCACAGUGAGAGGUCUCGUCAAGGAGGUUCUGGAAGGGGGAAAUUCUCUCGUUUUCACAUAUGGAGUGACAAAUGCGGGAAAGACUUUCACUUUUCUAGGUCCAGAGGCCAAUGCAGGGAUCCUCCCCAGGUCUUUGAAUGUCAUCUUCAACAGCAUUGAGGGGCGUGUUUACAACCAGAUGACUGUCAAGCCUCAGCGAUGCAGAGAGUUCAUCAGGCUCACUAAAGACCAGCAGAGUGAAGAGGCCACUAGCAAGAGAAAUCUCUUCAGGCUCCUCAAGGAGAGUGAUAACCAGAAAAGCUUCACCAACAAGACAACCCUGGAAGGGUCCACACUAAGUGACAUUGAGGGGACUGUGACGGAACAACGUUUCAGUCUGGAUGUUGAAGCACAAACCAAGUUCUCCGUCUGGGUGUCCUUCUGUGAAAUCUACAACGAGAACAUUCACGACCUGCUGGAGCCCAUGCCGAUCGGAGCCCAGAAGAGAAUCUCACUGCGGCUGUCACAGGAUGUCAAAGGCAACUCCUUUGUAAAAGAUCUGAAGUGGGUACAAGUGAACAAUGCGGAGGAGGCCUACAAGGUAAUGAGGCUAGGGAAGAAGAACCAGAGCUUCGCCAGCACAAAGCUCAACCUCCUCUCGAGCAGGAGCCACAGCAUCUUUUCUGUUCGUAUCCUGCGGAUGGAAGAUGCUAGGAUUCCUCGUGUUAACUCGAUCAGCGAGCUGUCCUUGUGUGACCUGGCUGGGUCUGAGAGGUGUGCUAAAACUCAGAAUAAAGGGGAGCGUUUGAAAGAGGCCGGAAACAUCAACACUUCCCUGAUGACACUGGGCAAGUGCAUCAACACGUUACGGCAAAGCCAGCAAUCCAAGCUACCACAGCACGUCCCCUUCAGGGAGAGCAAGCUGACCCACUACCUACAGGGCUUCUUCUGUGGGCGGGGCAAGGCCUGCAUGAUAGUCAACAUCAACCAGUGUGCCUCCAUGUACGACGAGACGCUCAACGUGCUCAAGUUCUCCGCCGUGGCUCAGAAGGUGGUGGUGCUGACCACCAAGCCUGUCCCCCACCUCGCCACCAAGAGGUCGGCCCGGGAACUGUCCAUGAUCAUCAACAACGCAGACAGGAAGUACCUGUUGGGUCAGAAGAGAAGGAGCUCCCUGGUUGGCUGGGAGACCAGUCUGGAGGAUGUGCAGGAGCGUGACGACACAGAGGAGGAARAGGAGAGCGUGAUGGAGACCAUGCAGGAAGUGGACCAUGACGAAAAGGUUCUCAUCAAUAAAGACACUUAUGAGAGCCAGCUACUCCAGUUGACGGAGCUCCGGGAACAGCUGCAGGAAGAGAGGUCUAAAAACGUUGCUUUGGAAUCCCGGAUCCGUGACGAGGUCACCAAGGAGUUCUCGGAGUUCUUCUCUGAAAUGCAGACCGAUUACAAGGAGCGUCUGGCCAAAGAGGAGAAGAAUGUCGAGGAGAGAGCAUUGAAGCGUCUAGAGAUCCUGAGAAAUCUAGUGAACAUUAACACCAGCCAAGAGGAGUUGGACAGAGUAGAGCGAGCCACAGAGGACAGCUCGUCAUUGGGAGGGAUGUUUGACUCCAUGUGCAGUGACCUGGCAAGCAUAAAGAAGGCGGCUGAGGAGGCCAAGACAUGUCUGGUGGUCACCCAACCCAAUGGCGAAACCAUCUCCAAUCUGGAGAAGAGAGUGGAUGAUCUCUCGGCGCUGCUGAGCCAAGCCCAGGAGCAGCUCACUGUCAAAACCAAUGAACUAGAACGUUAUUGCAGACAAGCGCAGCAAUCGAACCAACAGCUUGAAGAGGCUAGAAAGACUCUCGAGUCUCAGGAGCUGAAAUUCUCCCACUUCCUGGAGAUGUGUCAUGAGAAGGAUGAGCUGAUCACCACGCUUCAGAACACUGUAGACCAACAGCUCCAAGCCACGAUCAAGGAUAAGACUACAUUUGACGGCAUCAAGGAUGAGAUCCUGCAACUGAAGAGCAGCUGCACUUGCUCCAGAGGGCAGAGGCCCAGCUCUCGCGCAGAGAGCCGCAAACGGCUGGUGGAUCUCCAGGCCAACCUGGAGGACCAGCCCCCCAGCAAGAAAGGGUUCCUGGGGAGAGGACAGAAGGAGAUGGACAGAUUGCGCAGGGAGCUGGUGGAGGUACAAAAGGACAGUGGGCUUCUCCGAGACAAGCUGACGGAACAGGAAAGAGAAUUCCCAGAGGCCCUAGAGGAGAGUGAGCUGGGAGAGAAACCGGCCCAACAGCAGAUCUCAGAACAGCAGCUGGAGGUGCUAAAAGAGAAACCGGCCCCACAGGAACUGAACUUGGAGCAGCUCAGGGCAGAAAUGGAGGAGGCUAAAGCCAUGGCCCACAGCGAGAACUCUGUAGCUGAGGUCGUGACCUUGAAAGGAAAGAUAGCUGCACUGGAAGAGAAGCAGUGCACCCACCAAACGGAGAGGGAGGCGGCCGCAACCGUGUCCCAGUCGUAUAACGACGAGCUCAUGUCCCAAACGAAGAGAGUGGCAGAGUUGGAGAAGACACUGUUUGAAAAGGAGGCGCAGGUGUCAGGCCUGCAGAGGAGCCUGAGGGAGGCGCAGGAGAUGCGGGAGGAAGAGGAGACCGCUACGGUGCAGGAGGCUCGUAAGAGGGAGGUGGAGAGGAGGAGGGAGCUGCUGGCUGUGGCUGAAGAGGCCAUCACUCAGAAGAACGCUGAGCUGGAGAGGAGAGAGCAGGUCAUCACCAGAUUGAAGGAGACGGCUAAACUUGACUCGGACAAAGUGAAGRGUUUGAGCCUGGACCUUCAGAGGAAAGAUGAUGACACUUCUGAUCUCAAAGAGAAGCUGUCCGACUCAAAAAAACAGAUACAGCAAGUUCAAAUGGAGAUCAUUUCCAUGCGAGGAGAGGAGAAAUCUCUCAAACGAAAACUGCAGGACUUGGAGAAAGUGAAGAAACUGCAGCAGGCAGACUUGGCUAAUAAAGACAGACCAUACAGCAACGAACAGUCUGCUGACGAGAACCUCAAGCUCUAUCCGAACGCCUGUAAAGACCUUCAGGCUAAGGAGCGUAUGAUGGAGGACAUGCGUCUGGCUCUGACUGAACAGGAGGAUACCCAGACCCAACAGGAGCAGGUGUUAGAGGCCAAACUGGAUGAGAUUGACGCCCUCAUUGAAGAGGUGGAUGAACUGAAAGGACUGUUACGCUACCAAGACAGUGGGAAAGACACUGGAGCCCUGAGAGACAACCAAUCGGACGAGGCCAAGCUAGCCAUACAGGAAGCAAUUCAGGCUCAAGUCACCUUGAAGCUGUGUACUGAGAAACACCAAGCUGACAGGAGGAAGUGGCUUGAAGAGAAGACUGUUCUGAUCCGGCUGGCCAAGGAGGCCGAGGAUAAGAGGAACCAGGAGAUGAGGAAGUUUGCAGACGGCCGCAAGCUUCACGCCAAGCAGCAAACCCAAGUGGAAGGUCUGGUGGCUCAGCUCAGUGAGAAGGAGGAGGACCUAGUGAAGUGGAGGAAAGAGAGGGACUCCCUGGUAACAGCUCUGGAGGUCCAGCUAACCAAACUCCUCUCCAGCAUCGCCGACAAGGAUGAACAGAUAGCCAGUCUCCGCUGCCAUGCCUCCUCUCAGCCAGCAGAGAGGGACCAUGGCCAGGUGGAGGUAGUGRAGCUGCAGGGCCUUCUGUCUGACAGAGACGCUGAGAUUCUUAACCUGAAGGAACAACUGAAAMCUGCAUCCGAAGCCAGCAGCGACGUCUCAACCCCUACUAAACACAGAGAGACAGCCAAUCAGACUAAAGCAGAGGAGUGCCCUCCCAAAGUCCGYGAGAGGAGUCUCCAUGGCAACAGUCAACGAGUACACGGCGUAAAGACGUUGAAGAGGACCAGUCAGGUAAUCUCUCUAGACGUCUGGGUUUCCUCAUGCAAUGUUCCAAUCUUCCGGCUUAACACGUCUGUACGUAAGGAAACGGCCAUCCUGUUGGGCUGCAGCGGGCUGAAGGAGAUCUCCGUCCGGCUUGGGAAGCGGCUGGUCCUGCCUCCUUCUGUGGAGAUCUCUGAGGAGUCUAGCACCGACGGGUAG